AUGUCAUCUGCAUAUAGAGAAGAAGCUAUUCCAUUUAUUACUUAUAAUUCGGAGUAGAGAAAGUAUUAGCUUUGCGAAGAAGCUGUUUAAAUUAUCAAGCAAGUUCCCAAGCCAAUUGGUAUUGUAUCAGUUGCUGGUGCCUACAGAACAGGUAAAUCAUACUUGUUGAAUAGAAUGAUCCUCAACAGAUCUGGCGGUUUUGGCGUCGGACCUACUGUAAAUCCAUGCACAAAGGGUAUUUGGGUUUGGGGUACUCCUAUCAAAGGACAAACUCCUGAAGGCGAUCCCGUCAAUGUUUUAAUUAUGGACUCUGAAGGUAUCGGCUCUACCGAUGAAGAUUAAACUCACGACACAAGAGUUUUUUCAUUAGCAAUUUUGCUCGCUUCUAAUUUCAUUUACAACUCCAUGGGUGCAAUCGAUGAAAACGCAUUAAACAACCUUUCCCUUGUUGUCAAUCUUACCAAGAACAUUCACAUCAAGUCCACUGAUGGCGAUGAACUUGAUCAAGAAGAAUACUCUAAAUACUUCCCUAGUUUCUUCUGGGUUAUCAGAGAUUUCUCUCUCUAAUUAGUUGACACUGAAGGUGAUCCCAUCACUUCUAACGAAUACUUAGAACGCGCUCUUUCAGAAUAAAAGGGCUAUUCUGAUGAAGUCGAAUCUAAAAAUAGAAUCAGAAGACUCUUGAAGACAUUUUUCUAACAAAGAGAAUGCAUGACUUUGGUUAGACCCUUGGUUAACGAAUAAAAUUUAUAAAAGUUGGACAAGAUGGAAUUGGAUGACUUGCGUCCUGAAUUCUUUGAAUAGGUCAUUCAACUUAGAAAGAAAAUUUUACAAAGAAUUAAACCUAAGAAUUUGAAUGGAAAGUUAUUAAAUGGUGAAAUGAUCAUGACUCUUUGUGAUUCUUACGUCCGUGCCAUCAAUAACGGUGCUGUUCCUAACAUCGAAAAUGCUUGGACUUAUGUCUGCAAAGAUGAAUGUUACAAGGCCUCUCAAAAAGCCUUUGAAUCUUAUGAAAAGACCAUCAAAGAAAUGAUUGGAUCUAAGAUUCCAACCACCAACGAUGAAAUCAAGAUUGCUCACAGAACAGCUAAAGAAACUGCUUUGGAAAUUUUCAAGAAGAGAGCUAUUGGAGAUGUCAGCAAGGAACACUUAGAAGAAUUAAACAAGAAAAUGAAGGCUAGAGUUCAAUAAAUCAGAGCUACCAAUGAAAAGGAAAGCUAUUAGGAGUGUUAGAACUUCAUUAAUAGGGAAUUUGCCACCAUUGAUCGCAAGUUAAAGUCUAAUCAAUAUAAAAGAUUCUCUGAUUUUGAAAGUGACAUUAAGCUUUUCUACAGUUUCUUGGUUAAUCAUGGUCCAAUUACUGUCAACAGAAACGUUAUUUUCUUAGAAUUCUUACAAAGAAGCAUUAAUGAAGCUGCCAACAUUUUUGUUAAGAAUCUUGAAUAGGAAGUUGAUAUUCAAAGAUCUUGCAACAGCGAAGUCCAAAGAAGAAACGAAACUGAAUUGGUUGAAUUGAGAAAGAAAACUGAUAACGAAAGAGUUCUUUUGGAAAGAAAGGUUGAACAAUUGCUUAAGGAAAAGGAUAGCAUUGCAACUGAUAAGGUUAAAAACGAAAGAGCUGUUAAGGAAAUCGAAGAAGAAAAACAAAAGAUGGAAAAGGAAUACAAGGAGCUCUUAAAUUCUGAAAGAGUUGAAUUAAAUGAUCAAAUCAACAAUUUGAGAAAUAAGUCCAAGAUCACUGAAGAGACUUUAAAGAAGGUUGAAAGAGAAUUGCUCUUAAAAGAAAGCUCCUUCCAAAAGGAAAAGGCUCUCCUUGAACAAAGAGCUCAACACUUUGAAAAGCUCUGCGAAGAAUAUCUUGCCAAGGACAAGGCUACUGAAAACAUGAUGCAAUCAACUCACAGUGGAUUCAACACUUAAAUGAAGGAAUAACAAACCAAAUAUGAACGCAUUAUUAAGGAAUUGGAAAACAAGCUCACUAACUUGAAGGAAUCUAACUUCGAAUUAAAUGAAAAGAUUUCCAACUAAUCUUAAAACUUCAGCUAAGAAGUUGAAACCCUCCAAACUAGAGAACGUGGUUUACUCAGACAAAUUGAAGAACUUCAAACUGAAAUUUCUUCCACUAAGAAGUAACUCUCAGAAGCUAGCACCAAUGGUCUUAAGAAUUUGGGAGACUUGAAGGAGUAAUUCAAUAACGAAACCAAUGACUUGAAGAUUUAAAAUACACAAUUAUAAGAAGAACUAUCUAAGACUCUUGAUAAGCACAAACAAGACGUCUCAGAACUUCGUAAACGUGAAGCUCUUCUCCAAUAACAAAUUGAAUUCGUUCGUCACGAAUUAGAUGAAUCCCGUAGCUAACUCGUUGAAGCUAAGAAGGCUCACGAAUCUACUUUACAAGCUUUGGAAAUCAACAAUAUGGGAGACGAAGAAAGCGGCCAAAAGCAAAUCUUGGAAUUGAAGGACACUCACAUGAAGUAAAUCAGAGCCAUGGAAGCUGAAGCUCUUUCUUAAAAGAAGACUUUACAAUCAUAAAUCGAUGCUUUGAACAAGGAACUUAGCGACCUUGAAUUGAAGUACAAGGUCUCCAUUCAUGACUAUGAAACUGAAGUUAAAACUCUCAGCGACUAGUUAACUGAAAGCUAAGCUAUCCGCACCCAAUUAUCUACUAAGCUCUCUGAAUCUGAAGAAAUGCUCAAGCUCAGCUCUAAAGACAUGGAAAAGAAAUUCAUCCAAAAGAUCCGUGAACUUGAAGACACCAAUGAAGCCAUCAAGGAUAGAUCUCAAAGCGAAAUCCGUGAAAAUCAAGCCAAAUCCGAAGAAUCCUUACAACAAUUAAAGAACAUGUUCGAAAUUGAAAGAGAAACUUUGGAAAAGAGAUUGAUUGAAGAAAAGGAAAAGAGAGAAAAGAGCUACAACUAAGUUGUUGAAGAAUAUGAAUAGAAAUUAAGAGAAGAACAAGCUGCCUUGGAAGAAGAAAUCGAAAACUUGAGAGACGACAUCAAGGACUACGAAAUCUAAGUCAUUAACAUGCAAGGCUAAUACGAACACGAAUUAGACUUGAAGUAGAAGACUAUUGAAAACUUGGAAAAGAUGUUACAAGAAACCAAGGCUCAACUUUUAAGCAGCUAAGCUAGUUACUAAUCUCAAUUAGAAUAACAAAUGGCUUCUUAUAAUGCUGACAGAAAGGAAUUACAACAAAAGUACGAAACUGUCUAGAAGAACUUACAAUUAAGUGAUAACAAGAUCCUCACAUUAACUCAAAAGCUUGAAAGCUCUGAAGCUAGCUAUGAAAAUAAGAAGAAGGAAUUAGCUUAAUUGAAACAAGACAACAUUAUCGAAAGAUAAGCUCUUGAAGAAAAGCUUGAAGAAACUCGUAAGAAAUAUCAAGAAUUAUCUGAUGAACACCUCCAAACAAAGAUCAAUUCUGAAAAAUCUAUUGCUCUCUCUUCUUAACAAAACGAAUUCUACCAAAAGAAGGUUCAAGAAUUACAAGUUGCUCUCGAAUCUUCAACCCAAAGAUUUGAAGAACGUCUCAAGACUUCUAAAGCUGAAUGGGCCUAAGAAACUCUUGAAAAGAUUCAAAAUCUCCAAGAUGAAAAGGUUAACUUGGAAUCAAAGAUCAACGCUUUGAAGAAAUCUACUAAAGAAUUCGAAACUCAAUACUAAAAGAGAGUCACCGAUUUAGAAAAGGAAAAGGCUAUCUAUGUCGAAAAACUCCAAUACACUGAAUCUAAGUUAAAAGAAACUGAAGAUAAGUACAUGAUUGAAACUGAAUAAUUGAAGGAUCAACUCUCCAAGGCUAAGGAAUUCACAUCAACUGAAAAGAAGAUGCUCAUUCAAGAAAUUGAAAAGCUCAAAUCAUAGAACGUCUAACUUGAUAAUGAAAAGCAUGAACUCAAUACUUCUUAUGAAAGAGAUAAGGUUCUAUGGGAAGGAAAGUUCAGCUUCCUCCAAUAACAAAAGGAGCAAGCCAAACAAGAUUUAAUCGAAGCUCAAAAGAAAUUCGAAUAAACUCUUACUCACCUCUAAAAAUAACGUCAAAACGAAAAGAACGAACGUGAACAAAGCGUUUCUGACAUGCUCAUGCAAAUUGAAAGAAAAUACCAAACUCAAAUUUCUGAACUCCAAGAAACUUCCAACACCAAGCUCUCAGCUGCUAACCAAAAGAUCACUAAGCUCGAAGCUGAACUCAAGAACAGCUUGGAUCAAACCAUGAUGGAAUCACGUCAAAAGAACUCCAAUGCUAUCUUCACCGAAAAGCGUCUUGCUGAACUUUUAGAAAGCGAAAAGAAGCUUUCUUCUGAACUCGAUAUUAUUCGUAAGGAACGUGAAGCUGAAAAGACCGAAGCCCAAAGAAAGCUCGACCAAGAAAGAGAAACUCUUAAGACUAAGAUGCUUCAAAUUGAAGAAAAGUUCAGAGAAGCUGAAAAGAAGAGAAACACUUUAAUCUUCGAACAUGAAAAGGAAAGAGCUAAGUGGAAUUUAGAAAAGGAUCACUUACUCAAUCAAAAGAAUGAGCUCCAAGAAAACUUGAACAAGAUCGAAAAGAAGAAAGAAAUCCUUUUGAGAGAAAACGAACGUCUUAAAAACGAUUCUCGUCAAUCAAGGAGAUAAAUGAUGAACGCCAACUAACCUAGUUUCUUGAACAUGAGCAGAAACAUGGGCAGUGAAAGAAAGAGUCCCAUGAGAAGUGCUAGAUCCAGAGAAAGAAGCAGUUUGAACGACUACAGUUAUGCCAACAAUAGCGUUGACUGUGGUGAAGACAAUGGCUCCUCUGACAACAACACCAACAAUAUUUUGGAAAAUCUUAACUUGAACUCCUCUCGCGAAAACCAACCUAUCUAAAACACUCCCCCAGCUAACGGAUUCAAGAGCUUCAUGCAAGUUUUAUAAGAAAAGAGUGGACUCAACAAUGAAAAUAAGCCACCUGUAUCCCCCUCUAAAAAGGAAAACGUCCUCAUAUGA